AUGGAUUAAUCUGAUGAGACUGAGAUAGUGCUCUAAGUUUGCGAUCCAAAAGUAUAACCGGGAAUAAAUAAAUACAUUGUAUACACUGUGAAGGGAAUGGAUAAAAAUGGACAAUUCGAUGUUUAGAGAAGAUUUAGCGAUUUUAAGACAAUCAGAUCAUUUCUUUUGACAAAAUGGCCAGGAUGCUAUAUACCACCUGUUCCUCCAAGAAAAGCCUUUGGUAAUAUGGAAUAAUAAUUUAUUGAUGAAAGAAGGUUGAUGCUCGAAGAAUUUUUAAAGAAAAUAGCAACUCUCAAAUAUUUAUGGUAUUCAGAAGAAUUUUAAAUUUUCUUAAAAACCCCUGGAGAAAUUGAAAAAGCUUUGUUAUCUAUUCCUAAAAUAACAAAUGAUGAAAUUAUCAAUAAAUAUCAAGAAUCAUUCUCAGAAUUAUCUGGAAAAGAAAUUAAUCGAGAGAUAAUUUCGAAAAUUAAUGAUUUCAAGGCAUAUAUUAAGAAAAUUUAGCCAAUGGUCUAAAAUUUUAAGUAAAUUGCAAAAAAUAUCGCCGAAGCCAAAUCAGCUCAUUAAACAUCCUUAAUUCAUUUCAUAACAAUCUUUGUUCCAGAAUAUGAAAAUAAUGUUUUGUUAGAAUAUGCUGAACAAAAAGAGAAACUAAUAUUUGCAAAUUUGAUACAAAAUGAAGAAAUCAAAGGCUUAAUUAAUUAGUAUUGUGACCUAUUGAAAGAUCCUAAAUUUUAAUAGCUAUAUUAAGAAGUUAGAAAAGAGGGUAAAUAGUUGAAGGUAAUGAAUAGACAUAAAUUAAAGGCAUUUUUAGAGACAUUUGAAGAGAGAGAAAAAUAUGAAUAAUAGAAAGCAAAUGCAGAAUAGCGUUAAAAAGAGUUAUAAUUGCAAUUAUAAGAAGUUUUAGCAGGGAAGACUACAAUUAGAACAUUAUUUACUACAGGAAAAAAGGAAGACAAUGUUGCUAAGCUUUAAUAGCAAAUCGCUGAUGUAGGAAAGGAAAUUGAGAGCUAUUAAUUUAUCUGCGAUAUUCUAACUGUUCUUGUUGGAUAUAUAGAGAUAGAUAAAUUUAAGGGGGAAAAGCAGUAUCAAUAUUACUGCAUGAUUAAGAAUAUUAUUUCUUAUGAAAUUAGUCUUUCAUAAAUUGCAGAAUAGUUUUGGGGUAAAGUUUCAGAAAGUGAAAAUAUGCUACAACAAUAAUAAUGA